UGUUGCUGGGUUGAACAAUUUGGUCCGGGGUGUCUCGGAUAUUGUCGAAAUUGGGGAGAUGAUCAAAGGAAUUUGUUGGUGGUCAUUCUACGUGCUCUGAGAAUCAGUGGGUUAAUUGCAUACAGGGUUUACGUCUAGCAGACCACAUUAGCCCACUAGCAAUCUAUUCAGAAUGCCAGCGGCAGAAGACCACAGUCAGGUAAUCCGUGAGGUAUGGGCAAAUAACCUGGAAGAAGAAAUGGGACAAAUUCGUCUAAUUAUUCAGAAAUACAACUAUAUCGCCAUGGAUACAGAGUUUCCUGGUGUUGUGGUAAGACCUAUUGGAGAAUUUCGAAGCACUGUAGAUUACCAGUAUCAGCUCCUACGAUGUAAUGUGGACUUGUUGAAAAUCAUCCAGCUAGGCCUGACAUUCAUGAAUGAAAAACAUCAGUAUCCUCCUGGAAUCUCCACUUGGCAGUUCAACUUCAAAUUCAACCUCACGGAGGAUAUGUACUCUCAAGAAUCAAUAGAUCUGUUGAGGACUUCUGGGCUCCAAUUCAAAAAGCAUGAAGAAGAAGGGAUUGAAACCUCUUACUUCGCAGAGCUGCUCAUGACAUCUGGGGUUGUCCUUUGUGAUAAUGUUAAGUGGCUUUCCUUUCACAGUGGUUAUGACUUCGGCUACUUAAUUAAACUUCUAACCCACUCACGACUGCCUGAAGAAGAGCAAGAGUUCUUUGACAUCCUACAUUUGUUCUUUCCAGCAAUCUAUGAUGUGAAAUACCUGAUGAAAAGCUGCAAAAGCCUAAAGGGCGGUCUACAAGAAGUUGCUGAACAACUUGAGUUGGAGCGAAUUGGGAGACAGCAUCAGGCAGGCUCAGACUCACUUCUGACAGGCAUGGCUUUCUUCCGAAUGAGGGAGUUAUUUUUUGAAGACAACAUCGAUGAUACAAAGUACUGUGGACAUUUAUAUGGCCUUGGGUCGGGUUUUACAAACAACCAUAAUGGGACAGCGGGUAUAUCGGAAGAAGAAACCAACAUCAAACAACACUGACCUUAGCUGAGAUAUUUUACCAACUCUUUGUUUUUAACAGACAUUUUAAUACAGAAUGAAUGUUAUUCUCUUUGCACAAUUUUUGGAAAUAUUUUGCUGAAUAUUUUAAUAAGACUGGACAUUCAAAGUAUAAAACAUUUAUAAAUGCUAUCCUGCGGUCUUUUUUUAAAAAUAAAUUUAAGUCACAGAAGGGAAACAAAGGUUGAUGUUAAUCUGCCAAGAAUUAGUGGAGAUAUUUCAAUUUUUUGCUGAAAUGCUUAUCUUCUGCUUUACUUCUCUUACCAACUAAUUUUCAUGGUGUACUCUAGAGCCUUAACACCAUUAACAUUUGCAAAGAUGGGCAUUUAUGAGAAUUGUUUGCAUAUCCAUUCCUAAACGCAUUCGUUGUCUGAGUGGUAAACUGUUAUGGGUGUAAAAUGGCCUCAGCACCAGUAUUUUCAUUGGAUUAGUGUUUAUCUUGCAAUACAGUAUUCACAAAAUAAUUCACUGGCAUCGAGGGUGACAUUUAUAUGUCUUGAGAGAGAAACUGCAGACCAGUAGCAAUAUAGAAAUCUUAAAUUGUCAUUGUUCUAUUCAAUUGGUUUAGGCAGUAAAAUGCAGGAAAAUCAACUGUGAGUUUAAUGUGUUUUGGAUGGUUACUGGUCUUCAACACGAAUUGGGUUAUUUAAAAUUAAUUAUUCCUCUUCAUAUUUUUAUUAGAAACCUGUUAUAGAUGGUAAUACUGCUCAAAAGGAAAAAAGAUAAGAAUUUUUGUGUCAGCACUUUUUAACAAAACUGUAGUUCUUGUUUUCAUCAACAAAUACAAAUAACACUGCAAACAUGCAUUAUCAUUCAAGCAACACACAAAAGCUGUUUAUAUCCUAAAUCUGAAAGUGAUAAAUAGCACUAGUUUGAGCCCGAUCUUCCAUUAUGACAUGGAUUAGAUGGCAAGAUAUAUGAUCUGUUUUGUGUUAGAGUUAAUUGCUCCAUUAAUAUCACAAAUCAUAAAUUGAUCCAUCAUAAAUUUACUAAAUAUCACAGCUUGUCAAAGGUCAAAAUUUAAUAAUGUUAAUUUUACUGUGUGACAAAUAUAUUUGCAGAUUUUAAUAGUUGAGCGAAGUCUCUGAAGUAUUUUUAAUUAUAAAUGCUUAAUUUACUUCAGCUCAUAAAAUUAAUCUUGUAAAAUGUUAUUUUAAGACUCGGUGCUUGAUAUGAGAUUGGAGUCAAUUGGUUUUGUGAACCUUCCUCCACUGAUCUAUUUUGUAAGAAUUAACUAAUUUGUAAUUAUUUUAAUACUUCAAGCCAAGCUAUCCAUCUUUAAAAAAGAUCCAGAACCAAUGUAUUUUAAAUAAGUUUGUAAAUUAGAUAUUUGUUCUUUCAUGGACUUGAUGUGUAAACUUGAUACAGUGGCAUGCAGAAGUUUGGGUACCCCUGGUCAAAAUUUCUGUUACUGUGAAUAGCUAAUUGAGUAAAAGAUGACCUGAUUUCCGAAAGGCAUGAAGUUAAAGAUGACACAUUUCUUUAAUAUUUUAAGCAAGAUUACUUUUUUUUUCUCCAUCUUUUACAGUUUCAAAAUAACAAAAAAGGAAAAGGGCCCGAAGCAAAAGUUUGGGCACCCUGUACUUAGUAACACCCCCUUUGGCAAGUAUCACAGCUUGUAAACGCUUCCUGUAGCCAGCUAAGAGCCUUUCAACUCUUGUUUGGGGCUCUUCACCCAUUCUUCCUUGCAAAAGGCUUUUAGUUCUGUGAGAUUCUUGGGCUGUCGUGCAUGCACUGCUCUUUUGAGGUCUGUCCACAGAUUCUUGAUGAUGUUUAGGUCAGGGGACUGUGAGGGCCAUGGCAAAACUUCCAGCUUGCACCUCUUGAGGUAGUCCAUUGUGGAUUUUGAGGUGUGUUUAGGAUCAUUAUCCUGUUGAAGAAGCCAUCCUCUUUUCAUCUUCAGCUUUUUUACAGACAGUGUGAUGUUUGCUUCCAGAAUUUGCUGGUAUUUAAUUGAAUUCAUUCUUCUCUCUACCAGUGAAAUGUUCCCCAUGCCACUGGCUGUAACACAAGCCCAGAGCAUGAUCGAUUCACCCCCCAUGCUUAAUAGUUUGAGAGGUGUUCUUUUAAUGAAAUUCUGCACCCUUUUUUCUCCAAACAUACCUUUGUCAUUGCGUCCAAAAAGUUCUAUUUUAACUUCAUCAGUCCACAGGACUUGUUUCCAAAAUGCAUCAGGCUUGUUUAGAUGUUCCUUUGCAAACUUCUGACACUGAAGUUUGUGGUGAGGACGCAGGAAAGGUUUUCUUCUGACGACUUUUCCAUGAAGGUCAUACUUGUGUAGGCGUCACUGCACGGUAGAACAGUGCACCACCACUCCAGAGUCUGCUAAAUCUUCCUGAAGCUCCUUUGCAGUCAAACGGGGGUUUUAAUUUGCCUUUCUAGCAAUUCUACGAGCAGUUCACUCGGAAAGUUUUCUUGGUCUUCCAGACCUCAACUUGACCUCCACCGUUCUGUUCAAUGCCAUUUCUUAAUUACAUGACGAAUUGAGGAAACGGCUACCUGAAAACACUUUGCUAUCUUCUUAUAGCCUUCUCCUGCUUUGUGGGCACCAUUUAUUUUAAUUUUCAGAGUGCUAGGCAGCUGCUUAGAGGAGCCCAUGGCUGCUGUUCGUUAGGACAAGGUUUGAGGAGUCAGGGUAUUUAUAAAGCUUUGAAAUUUGCAUCACCUGGCCUUUCCUAACGAUGACUGUGAACAAGCCAUAGCCCUAACAAGCUAAUUAAGGUCUGAGACCUUGGUAAAAGUUAUCUGACAGCUCAAAUCUCUUGGGGUGCCCAAAUUUUUGCAUGGUGCUCCUUUCCUUUAUUUUCCACUUUAAAAUUGUACAAAACAGAAAUAAUACACUAAUCUUGCUUAAAAUUUUGAAAAGAAUGUUUCAUCUUUAACUUUAUGACUUUUGGAGAUCAGUUCAUCUUCUACUCACUUAACUAUUCACAGUAACAGAAAUUUUGACCGGGGUGCCCAAACUUUUUCAUGCCACUGUAUAUUAAUAAGAAAGAAUGGUAUAUUACAAAAAUGUUAAAAUACUUUUAAUUACAGUUAAUUUGUGAAUGUUAGUAUAUAAACUCAUUCUGGAGGCAAAAUAGAAACAGCUUAAAGUAUAUUAAUACUACUUAAAUUUUAUGUUGGAGUUAAAUUUUGCCAUUUAAUCAUGCCUUCAUUAUUUGUUUUUUCAAUAUACAACCCUUGGAUUACUGCAGUUCAUUGCUCCCGUCCAGGGCUAUGUCUGAUUUUUAUUUGCAGGAUCUGCUGUGGCUGAAGUCUGGGAGUGGAGGAUCAGCUGUGAUGGAGGCUCAAGGUUAGGAGAGAGUCAGGUUAUGUGUCCCAUUGCAGUGGAAUAGAACCUACAAUUUUCCACAGUAUUGCAAGUAGGCAGGUCGUUUAUCAGUUAUUCUUAGCAAUUCCGAGAUGUUUUGCUAGGGUUGGUUCUCUGUGAUCUAGGAAUACACAACAUGACAUGGAAGAUUGACUUAAAUGUCUUGAAGCACAUGCAUUAAAGUGAUUGUACCAUUUUGCUGCAACAGAAGGCAUCGUUUAAUGAUCAUGUUUGCACAAAAUUUAAUCACAUGAGGAAGGAAUCCACUUUCCUUGAGUGUCUAUAGUAAAUGAGAUCUUUUUUUUAAGGCUUUGAAAGGUGAUGUGGGAUCCCUUAAGUUUCUCUGAUUUCCUCCAUCGUUCCAGACACAUACGAUUAGGUUGUGGACAUGCCAGGUUGGCACCAAGAGUGUGGUAACACUUGUGGGCUGCCCAGUACAAUCCUCGCUGUUUUGAUCUGACACAAGUGAAGUUCAGUGUAUGUUUCCAUGUUAUUGAUGUUCAUGUGACAAAUA